CCUGACCAUACCCAAUGCUUGUUUAAUACCCCGUUUCAACAAUCUAGCAUCAUCUAAAAGGCAAUCUUGCACGCCUAUGCAUUUCAAAAAUCCAUUGCUAAAGCAUUGCAAGUUUGCAACAUUGUGCAGAAGGGAUGAGCAGGCUCCUCCGGGAUCCGCAUCCGAGGACGACAAAGAAGCCAUCAGCCUCAACAUCGGCCGCGGCCCAGCAUCUCCUGCGCCAUGGCGGGAGGGAGGCGGCCGAUGGAGAGAGCAUCGAGUUCUUCUCCACCCUGCGGAAGUGCCAGCCUGAUCCCCGUGUCUGCAGUCAAACCGGGCGAGGGCAAGUCCAACCGGCUGAUCGGAGGGGAAAGGCAAGGCGUGGAGGCAGCGGCGACGAGCUUCUUUCCACGGAGAUCGGGAAGCGUGACUAUGAUUGGCUUCGAACCCCCCCUGCGACGCCUCUCUGGUCACCGGCGACGAGUGCCUCCGGCCAUCAGAUCUCUGCCGCGGUACCAAGCCGGCUGGCAAAGGCUGGAUCGGCGUCUUAUACUAAGAGCAAUUCACGGCUAGGCCCGACAGGCCGCGAGAAGGAGAACGCAACGUCGAGGCUGUCGAAGUGCAGCUCCGCGACGCGCUGUUCCUCUGCCGACACGCCAGCGAUCGCGCCGUCCGGUCGCCUGUUGCGCGUCCGGACAUCGUCGUCCGCCCCUGCAUCGUCGAUCCAUAACGCCGCAAGCAAUGCAUCUGUGGGGUCUACUCCGUCGGGGUCUGCGAAAACAAGGCCCCGCACGCCGGCGACAGGGAGGAGCGCGGCCGUGACCGCUCGGCCCUGUCACCAGGACAAAGCUCGGUCUGUCGCGGUCGUGGGCCGAUCCAGGGCGUCGACCAAACCGUGGCUGCCGGUAUCAGCUAGCUCCCGAGAACAGGCGACGCCCAGGUCCGGCGUCUCAGGCCCAAGGUCAACCACCUCCACGUCUCGGCAGUCUGCACUGGCCAGACGUGCCGAUGUCGUGGCACGUUCUAGGCUGGCAAGCCAGAGUAGUGGCACCGGGUCAACAAUUCAGGCCGUGUCUCCAACACCUGUGAAUCUUACCAGGGGCGCACGAGCCGUGCUAUCAAACAGCAACUGCAUCAAAACACCGUCGGUGCCGGUGGCCGUGAAACAGAACGGCGCAGCCACAGCGAGCGCGACUACCCAGAGGUGGCGGCAGUGCCUGUCUCCUGCGAUUGCUGCCGCUCGGAACGUGCGGAGCGAGGACUCGUUGGGCAAUGGAUCACCAAGAAACAGCGCCACCCGAAACAUCCACCACGAUAAGCGGACGGGCAUGGAGCCCGAUGGUAAGACUCGUCCCUGGCAGGAGUUGAACCGGCGGGGGUUUGAGCUCUCGUCCCGCACCUCUGGUCUCAUAGAAGACCGCACAGUUAGCGAAGGGCUGUGUAAAAAAAAAAUCCACCCCGAUAAGGCCACGCCUCAACGUACCGCCCCAACGGCAGCCGGUGGCAGUGGGCUCACGAGGACUGGCUCCCGGAAGUCAGGAAACACCACCUACGCGAAGCGCAAAGUGAAUGAGAACGGCGAAUGCCGACGGCAGGAUGCCAAGCAUGGCGGUGCGCCGGCCCAGCGGAAACCGACGCUGCUGCAGCAGAGCAUCCGCUCGGUGGCGUCAAAGAGCCGCCAAACCGCGACCUCCGUGGCCAGCUCGACCUCCAGGGGCCAGUCCACGCCCGAGAACGGCCGGCAUGCGGCCGCAGCCGCCGCGAGGGUCGCCGGCCCGGACGCUUUCCCGAGCAUGCGGUACGACGCCAUGCUGCUCCGGGAGGACCCCAAGAACCUGACGUGGCUGUGUGAUGACGGCAACGACAGCGGAGGCGGCUCAGAUUUGAUCGACGGCUCGCUGGAGCCGUUCGACGUGGCGAUCGGGUUGGCGUGA